AUGAUGACAACUCGGAAGGAGGAGCAGCAUGAUACUGAGGCUAGCGAUGCGAAUGCGGCUACCAAUGGUGAUUCCAACGACGUCCCGCCGACUCAGGUGGCUGGACCGUCGACUCGAGCAGCAGAGAUGUCUACGACCGCAGCCCAACCAACAAAACUCAAGCUGAAUGUCGAAUCGCUUGUUGAUGAUGCGUUGGGUAAGUUGAAGGGCGGAUUGGCACUAGAUGAAGAGAUUGAGUUAGACAGUGACGGUGAACGAACGGGUAGCAUUGAGAGUUACGUGGUGUCAAUUGAAAAAGUUGGUCAGUUCACCAGAGAGCAACUGGAAGCUAUGAAAUCCUUCACUGUAAAACCCGCUGUCAGUGAUCCCGCUUCAGUGGGUAUUAUAUUGGGAAAGAUACUGGAGUGUUGGCCGUAUACACCGCUGGUUGGCUUCGGAUUCGACCUGACGUACUCUAAUCUCUUUUGCUUUCGAGUUUCGGCUUGGUUAAACGAUGAUGCUAUGCGCGCUUUCGCUGUUUGUCUCGCGGGGCACAAGAACAAUGUUACGGUCGUGAUUCCGCCCCGCAAAAAAUACGAAGAGGUUACGAAGGGAUCCAAACCAAGGAAAACCAAGAGCCGUAUCCCUGCAAGUACGCUUAGGAAGGUUGCUGAAUGUGUAAUCUUGCACCCAUUCGUGCUACUUCCUGUCAUUUUUGGUGGCACACAUUGGGGAUGUCUUGUGGUUGACCGAGACGCGAAGGUUGUCAAGAUGUACGACAGCAUGGGCGGUAAGAGAAACAAGAAACGGUUGCAGAAGAUGGCUGAAGAUAUCAGUGCUCGGCCUCUACAUGACAAUUCCUACGAAGCUUUGGAAGUGAGCGAGCCGAUGCAAACGGACAGUGACAGUUGUGGCGCGUUUGUGUGCCUUAUUUUCUGGACUUGCGUGAGCAGCAAAGCCCCUAGCGAUGUGUCCCCGGCUGGUAUUAUCAAACUGAGGUGGGAGAUGCUGCACGCAGUCAUGAAGUUGAGGCCGCGCUAG